GACUGCGACUGCGUUUGUUUGCCGCCGGCCGCCGGCAGAAAGCCCGCCGUAAGUCUGCCACCCGCCGGCUGUCGACCAAUCAGUGGCCUGUGUUGUGGCUCAUCGUGGUGGAGCGCCGUGUUGAUAGGAAAGUGAGACUCGACCUGCUGCCUGGUUUGUUUCAGGUGGACAUGAACUUCAUGAAGAAGAUCCCUCCUGGCGCAGAGGCGUCCAACGUCCUGGUGGGUGAAGUGGACUUCCUGGAGCGGCCGAUCGUCGCCUUCGUCCGGCUGUCCCCCGCCAUGCUGCUGACCGGCCUCACAGAGGUCCCGGUGCCCACCAGGUUUGUCUUCCUGCUGCUCGGCCCGUUUGGAAAAGGCCCGCAGUACCACGAGAUCGGACGCUCCAUGGCCACUCUGAUGACGGACGAGAUUUUCCACGAUGUUGCCUACAAGGCGAGGGACAGGAUCGACCUGCUGUCGGGGAUCGAUGAGUUCCUGGAUCAAGUGACCGUGCUUCCGCCGGGCGAAUGGGACCCCAGCAUCCGCAUCGAACCCCCGAAGAACGUCCCGUCUCAGGAGAAGAGGAAGAUGCCGUCUGUCCUUAAUGGCUCCGCCCACAUCUCUGACACCAUCAAGGAGGAGGAGCAUCACACGGGACCAGAGCUGCAGAGGACGGGGAGGAUCUUCGGUGGUUUGGUGAACGACGUCCGGAGGAAGGCGCCCUUCCUGUGGAGUGACAUCAGGGACGCGGUCAGCCUGCAGUGUUUGGCGUCCGUCCUCUUCCUCUACUGCGCCUGCAUGUCGCCCGUCAUCACGUUCGGAGGGCUGCUGGGAGAAGCCACCAAAGGAAACAUAAGUGCCAUAGAGUCUCUGUUCGGGGCGUCCAUGACGGGCGUGGCCUACUCCCUGUUUGCUGGUCAGCCUCUCACCAUCCUGGGCAGCACCGGUCCAGUUCUGGUCUUUGAGAAGAUCCUCUUCAAGUUCUGCAG